AUGCUCCUUAUUCGAAGGACAUCCAUCAUAUCACUGGCUCUUGGACUGCUCACACUCAUCUACCUCACCACACACUUCACCCCCUUCUCCACGAAACCAAAAUACCUUUACGGACAAGAUGGGCCCCUUUAUAACAGCCAGAUGUUCUCCCCCGGCACGGCCAAGGCAAAGGGGGCCAACUAUACUCGCAUCCUGGUGAUGGGUCGCUUGAAAUCCGAAGACGUCAGCUGGGUAUCUCGCGAACUACCGGGCUUGCCGACCAAGAUCUACACCGUCGACUCCGAUGACCACUCCGGUCUCCCAGCCAACAAAGGCCACGAGGCAAUGGUAUACCUCACAUACAUUAUCGACCAUUACGACUCACUGCCCGACACAGUCCUAUUCUUCCACCCGCAUCAAAGAGCCUGGCACAACAACAUCCUGUUGGACAUUGACAGCGCAACAACCAUCAAGAGGCUCAGUGACGCCCACGUCGCGCGACAGGGCUACUUCAACAGCCGCUGCCACCUGGACCCAGGCUGCCCGAACUGGCUACAUAUCGACCGGCCCCCGUGGCGACAGGACCUGAAACACAAGCCCGAAGAGCCUGCCCUGACCUCACAGCUGUUCCGCGACUUACACGGUCCCGACAUUCCCCUCCCGCGUGCCAUCUCGCAACCCUGUUGCGCGCAAUUCGCCGUGUCGAGCACCCGUAUCCGCCAGCGCCCACGCUCUGACUACGCGCGGUACCGCGACUGGCUUCUUAGGAUAGAACUCGACGACAGAACCUCCGGCCGCAUUAUGGAGUACUCGUGGCAAUAUAUCUUCACGGGUAACUUUGAAUUUUGCCCGUCGCAACAUCAAUGCUACUGCGACGGCUACGGGAUCUGCUUUGAAGGUGAAAUCGGGUUGCAGAAUUGGCUGGCGACGUUGCGGGAGAAGGAGAAAGUUGAUGAGCGCCUCGUGCAGUUGUGGGAUGCUGGCGAGAAGGGCGGGGAGAGGUAUAAAAGGCUCGCGAGGGAUAGUAAGCGGUUCGGCGAGUUGUUGGAUCAGUCGAGGGAGACGGCGGUGAGGAGGGGCUUUGAUCCGAAGAUCAGAGCGGAGGAGUCUGGUCGCGAAUGGCAUGAAGGCGAUGGUUUUUGA